UCCCCACCAUGUUCCAGCGCCUCACCAGCCUCUUCUUCAGCACCCCUCCGUCCCCCGAAGACCCUGACUGCUCCCACGCCUUCGUCUCGGAAGAGGAUGAAGUGGAUGGCUGGCUCAUCAUUGACCUUCCCGACAGCUACGCGGCUCCACCCAACCCCAGGGCCGCCCCAGCCCCAGCAGGCCGCCCCCCACCCGCGCCCUCCUUGAUGGACGAGAGCUGGUUUGUUACCCCUCCCGCAUGUUUUACUGCAGAGGGGCCUGGACUCGGGCCCACCCGUCUCCAGAGCAGCCCCCUGGAGGACCUCCUUAUCGAGCACCCAAGCAUGUCCGUUUACGUCACCGGCAGCACCAUAGUGCUAGAGCCUGGGCCGCCGUCCCCGCACUCGGACGCUGCCCUGCCUGACGGCGAUCUUAGCGACCUUAGCGACCGAGAGCUGGCGCCUGCCCGCCGCGAGCCCCGGGCCCUGCGCCAUGCUGCCGCUCCCCUGCCGGCGCGGGCAGUGCUGCUGGAGAAGGCCGGCCAGAUGAGGCGGCUGCAACGAGCCCGGCAGAGGGCCGAGCGCCACGCGCUGAGCGCCAAGGUGGUGCAGCGGCAGAACCGAGCCCGCGAGAGCCGUCCGCGCCGGCCCAAGCACCAGGGCAGUUUUGUCUACCAACCGUGUCGGCGCCAGUUCAACUACUAAGCUUCCGUUGGCCGCCCCACGAACCCAGGCUGCGAUCCGCUUCUGUCCCCUCUGCAGUAGCCACUGUGCUUCUCGAGGGGCAGCUGUAGCCCGCCUUGGGCUGGACACCACAACCUCCCUGCUGCUUAAAGUGUGUGAGGUUGGGUGAUAGCUCUUCUGUCCUGGACUCUCUCGAUUACUCAAUCUCUGAUCCUCUAUAACCUGCCUCUGAACCCUUCACCCUCCCUCCCCUGGUCCCCACGCACAGCAUCUAAUCCUCCAACCCUCCCCACCCCCAUUCCUAACCUUCCAUCCUUUCUUCUCUGGACCCCAUUCCUGUUUGUCCCUUUCACCCUCUGUCCAGUCCUCUGCCUCUAGCCCACCUCUAUUUCUGAAAGCCUCAUUCCUGUCCCUGAUCUGGCCCGUUCCCCUUUCAGCUUCUACCUUACAUGACUCACCACUAUCCCAUGUUUGACGUUUUACACUCACUCUUGUUCCCUUAUUAUUCAUUCCCAAUAAUAACAAACGGAGGGGACCCUGAGCCCAGCUCUGAUCAGGUACAACCUGUGAGGCCUGGGCCUCUGUCCUUGCCUUCCAGAAAGGGCUCAGGCUCAGGGUUUUGCUCUUAGUUUUCCUCUUUCCUUCUGCCCUAGGGGCUGGGCUCCUUGGAGCUGCUUAAGCCUGGAAAGGUAAAGUAUGUGGAAGAGGAUAGUGAGAUGUGUGUGUCAGAGGGAGAAGUAAGAGGGAACUGAGGGAAAGGAGCAGCAUACUGGAGAUGUUGACAGGACAGACUGGUUGAGAAGCUGUAGGGAGCAGGGCACCAUGGGAGCUUGUACUGUGCUUGCUCAGAGAGGCCAAGCCCUGCUCUCAGGCCAAAGCCUGGAGUCUGCCCCUACUUCCCUUUCCUAUAAUUCAUUUCCCAGAUCUCUUCCUGAAAUCCACCUGAGUCUGCAGACCCCUGAGUCUGAAGGGCUUGGUUAGUACCUUGCCACUCUACCCCUGACAUGCCACCCCAGAGUAGAAGCUAGGCAAGGCCCUGCCAUCCUGGCUAUCUGUUCACAUGUCCAAGGUGCUAGAACUAGCUUAGGAGAGAUGCAGGCCAGAGGGCUUCUUGGUGGAAAGCGCCCACACCCCAGGUAAGAAUGCAGAGAAUGAUGCUUGGAGAGAAUGAACUGUGGGAUGAAGCCAUCUCAAGACAGCUUAGCCUUCAUCUUGCCUCUGGCCUUGUAUUUCACACCCGCUCAGUAUGGCUAAUAAACACUCCUGAGUUGGGAGGCCAGGAGCCCCACUGUCUCAGUCUCCCAAUCGCCCCUAUCCAGGUUCAGGGCUUCAGGGGGCUGCUUCUCAUUUUCUCCCAAAGGGCUCUUUCUUUCUAGGCUGCUGGGGAGAAAUGGAUGCCCUGUGGCCUCUCCUCCGUCUUCAUUAAGUAUGUAGAGGAGGGUACCUGAAUCUCUGGGUAAGACAGAGGGGAGAGGGGCAGCUAGUUGUUUUCUUUCUUCUGGUAGGACUGAAUUUUGAGCUCAGACACCAGCAACAGCCUCUUGGGAUGCCCCGAGUUUCUUCCUAUUUCCUCUUUAUAGCUGUCCUUAUCUGGUGUGUGCUCUUUCUUCUUUGAAACUUUUAAGAUUUCCUGUUACAUACUAAUAUAGGUCUUCCCUCUCACUCCGAUUAUAGGUUUCUAGGUGUCACAGCCAAGCUUAGGCUUAGAGAAAACUCUGCAUUCCCAUGAGGGCUAUGGCAGUUGCCCUCCCUGACCUUAUAGCCCUCAGGCAUUAUGUGGGAUAUGUGGGUAAGGGAUGGGGUAUCCCCAUGGAUGCUGCCAUAGGUUGGAGAAAGACCUGUUGGUUUCUCCUAUCCCAGAGUAUAGGCUUAAUAUCAUACUAAAAACAGAUCAAAGUCCCCAUGCCAGUCUACUAUGGCUGUAAUAGUUGACAACCUUGCUCCUCCUCUCCCAAAAUUUUGUUACAACCUAGUUGCUUUUAUUCUUCCAGCCACCCACUGGGCAGUUAAUUCACAGCCAGCCUAGGGUCUUGGCACUUCCAAGAGCUGAAAUUCCAGCCCUUCCUUCCCUACUCCUCACUACCAGCUGGGGCCUAGGCUAAGUCCUAGCCAGUACCCAUGAUCCUUCUGGUGAGGAAAGAGUUUAAGAUAUAAUAGGGUAUUUGGCUCAAUUUUCAAAAGGUCCUGCCCUUACCUAUAUUUCUAGAGGCUCCUAUAGUUCUUCUAGAACCUUCCAACCUCUCAGCUGGUUGCAAGGCUUUUUUUUUUUUUUUUGUAUUUUCCUAUAGAUUCUGUAGCAUUUGAGUGUGGCAAUAUUUUAAUUGUGUACAGAUUUCUAAGAAUCAACACUACUCAGUCUCCUGCUAGUCUGACUCCUGAAGCAUCAGACCUUGUCAUACUGUAUUGACUGUGUAUGUGCCUUUCACCUUGAGCAUGCUUCAGGAUUUUUUUUUUAACUACAGAACUUGAAUAAAUGAGGGAACCAGAAUUUACAAAGUCCUAUGCAACCUUAGACAGGAGGGGUUAGAGAGUCUGUCUUAGCCAAUGUUUUCAGAGACCCUGGAGAUGUGUACUGGUUUGUGAAUAUUAAUGUCAAUAUUACCAGCACUUUGCCAAAACUUAUGUCAGAAAGACCUGUAUCUAGAGUCUUGGUUACAUCAAAGAGUGACUUCUCGAAGUUAUUCCCUAGUUAAGUCUGAGUGAUUCCUUCACAUUGGGUGUCACUUUACGGCCUUUGCCAGUCUAGCCCCAGCAGGGCACUAUGUAUGUUUGAGUGCAGUUUGGUGCUGUUUUAGAGUAUGCCUGCUCCCCUAAUCCCUAUCUGGAACCUUCUGAUCAACUUGCUCUGAUUCACAAUGUCUUAGGUGCAACAGGGACCCCACUAGAGCUCUUCAAUGCCUCUCUAGAUCUGCGUGACUUUAUGUGAGGGGACUGAAUGCAAACACAUCAUAGCCCACCUCUAAUACUUUCCCUCUUACCCUUCCAUCUAGUUCCGAAUGGAAUCAACAAGUUGAAUGCAUCCCUGUUGGGUGUUUUGUGUUGAGGCUGGCUGAUAUAAGGAGAUUUUGGUUGACCAUGUUGUGCUAUGUCAACAGACUCAAGAAAACAACCACCUCAACCUGGUCAUGUGGCAUGCCUGUGUAUGUAUGUAACAGGAUUCUGAUUGUUAGAUUAUAAUGCUAUUCCUCUAUGGGAGAAAAAAAAUUAAUAUAAAGAAAAACAAAUAAAAAUCUAUUUAAAGCACA